CUGCCACCUUUCCCUUUAAAGAGCUAAAGGGAGGGAACAACACAGAGGGAUCCCAUGUCACCAUUAGAUUAAGGAAUAAAUUGCAUGGAAAUACAGAUUUACAAAACAAAACCGUCGACAGAGGAAAAAAACGAACGGAAUAAAUAAGAGAGGCAGCAAAAUGAAUAACAUUUCUAGUCGUGCCCGGCAAGCUGCUUACUCGGCAUAAAUAAUUUCAAAAGACCUCUCAGUCUGCAACUAAAGACCCGGUUACGGUCUUCUUAACCCUGGACAACGGGAACAGGUGACGAAACGGAAGAAAGGAUGCUAAAACUGAGAAGAAAGGGAUAGACCGUUUAUGGAGUGAGUGCAUGAAGAUUAAACAAAUAGAGAGAGGAGGUGUUUCCCCGCUGCUCGUUUCGCUUGGUUGAACAGACGGUUGUGUUUAGGGAAUAAAAGCAAUUUGUUAACACGAGAUUUGUUAAAUUAUAGAAAUGCUUAUUUACCAGGCAAAUAAUUUUUGAUAUUAGACCUAUAAGACCCAUAUAUAUGACGAGAAUAAUUUGAGUAACAAUAGCAGGGGUGCAACUUAGGUGAUAUAUUAUAAAUAAAUAGAUAUAUAUAUAUAUUUUUCGUAGGCUAGUCUUUUGUAUCACUAAAGGAACUGAACUACGCACUGCACAGUUGCGUUAUUUUGAAUUGACCGGUGUUGUAGCAAGAAAAUAUUGCAUUAUUCAUAACUGUAGCCAAUUUAUAUAGAGAAAAAUAUCUUAGGUUUCUACACAGUCAUUCGGACCCACGCUUGGAUCCCUCCGUUCAGUCAGAAAACGUAGUAAAUUCCACGUAGCACUUUUGUCCAGUUUGUGUGUCCAUGUGUGUGUGUUCAGUAACACGCACGCGAACACAGCCAGACCCAAAGCGAGCUCCUCCUCCCCCCCUCCCCGCUCGGCUCUCUCUCCUCCUCUCCCUCCCCCUGCUCCUCUAUGCUCAGUUCGGUGUGUGUCUCCUCUUUGAAAGGGCGCAAGGGUGGGAACAAGUCGUCCAACAAAGCAUGUUACAGCGCAGACAUGACUUGUCCGUCAGACAGCGAGAAAAUAGUGAUAAACUGCGGGGGGAUUCGGCACGAGACGUACCGCAGCACACUGAAGACGCUGCCUGGGACCCGCUUGUCCUGGCUCACGGAGCCAGAUGCGUUCAGUAACUUUGACUAUGACCCCAAAUCCGACGAGUUUUUCUUUGACCGUCACCCCAACACCUUUGCUUUCAUCCUCAACUAUUACCGCACAGGGAAGUUGCAUUGUCCCAACGAUGUCUGCGGUCCUCUCUUCGAGGAGGAGCUCGCGUUCUGGGGUAUCGACGAGACGGACGUGGAGGCUUGCUGCUGGAUGAACUACCGACAGCAUCGGGACGCCGAGGAAGCGCUGGACAGCUUCGAGACGCCCGAGCCGGACCUGCCAGAGGACGACCCGGCGCUAACGGGUGGUGCAGACGGGGAUUUGAAGAGGUUGUGUCUACAGGAGGAUGGUCGCAACCCCAGCUGGUGGAGUACCUGGCAGCCCCGCAUCUGGGCGCUGUUUGAGGACCCCUAUUCUUCCAAAUACGCCAGGUAUGUGGCGUUCGGCUCGCUCCUGUUCAUCCUCAUCUCCAUCUCAACAUUUUGCUUGGAGACACACGAGGCCUUCAACACCAUCUACAGUAAGACAGAGAAUGUGACGGUGGGGAACGUCACGCGGGAGGAGGUUGUGUUUGAGGUAGUGACUGACAACUGGCUGACCUACGUGGAGGGCGUAUGCGUCAUCUGGUUCACCAUCGAGGUGUUCGCCCGUGUCAUCUUCUGCCCGGACAAGGCUGAGUUCUUCAAGAGCUCGCUGAACAUCAUCGACUUUGUAGCCAUCCUGCCCUUUUACCUGGAGAUGGCGCUGAGCGGCCUCUCUUCUAAAGCGGCAAAAGACGUGCUGGGCUUUUUGCGCGUGGUGCGAUUUGUCCGAAUCCUGCGAAUCUUCAAGCUCACGCGCCAUUUCGUGGGGCUGAGAGUGCUGGGUCAUACUCUCCGAGCCAGCACCAAUGAAUUCUUGCUCCUCAUCAUCUUCCUCGCUCUCGGAGUGCUCAUCUUUGCCACCAUGAUCUACUACGCUGAGCGCAUCGGCGCUGACCCGGCCGACCCCACGGCAAGCAAACACACCACCUUCAAAAACAUCCCCAUCGGCUUCUGGUGGGCAGUGGUCACCAUGACAACACUGGGCUAUGGUGAUAUGUAUCCAGAGACAUGGUCUGGUAUGUUAGUGGGUGCCCUGUGUGCCCUGGCGGGCGUGCUGACCAUCGCCAUGCCUGUGCCCGUCAUUGUAAACAACUUCGGCAUGUACUACUCUCUGGCAAUGGCUAAGCAGAAGCUGCCCAAGAAGAAGAACAAGCACAUCCCGCGGGCUCCCCAGCCUGGAUCGCCCAACUACUGCAAGCCAGAUGCCCUGGCCAUGGCCACUGCCUCGCCACACAGGAUCAUGGGUAAUGUGAUGGGCAGUAUGGUGGUCUCUGGAAGCAUGGCAGGAGACUGUCCUCUUGCACAGGAGGAAAUCAUAGAGAUUAACAGAGCAGACUCAAAACAGAAUGGAGAUGCUGCAAACGCAGCUCUGGCUAAUGAGGACUGUCCCACCAUAGAUCAGGUGCUAGGGCCAGAUGACAGGAGUCCGGCCACCAGUGGGUUGGGGACAUGCACGGGGCGUGAACGUUACCCCCACGAUAGGGCCUGCUUCCUUCUCAGUACCGGAGAGUUCCGCACCACAGACAGCAAUGUCAGGAAAGGUUGUGUCGUGUCAUGCGUUUCUGCUGGUUACGAGAAGUCCCGCAGCCUCAAUAACAUCUCGGGGAUGACAGGGGCCCCCUUGCGCCUGACCCCCAUCACCCCCAUCAACAACCCACCCUAUGAGCCCUACGAAACCCCCGGCCCCCUGCGCCGCUGCCGAUCCCCCAUACCCUCCAUUCUGUAGCACAUCUUAGGGAACGAUGACAAAAUACGCACCAUCACAGCGCAAUAGUAUUAAUAAUCACAAUAACGAUGCUAAGUAUUCACACCUCUGCUCCUCCAUUGACUGGACAGGGUGGGGGUACACAGCACUCUUUUUAAUAUGUCAUGCCUCAAAGGGAGUGGGAUGAAUUUGUUUAGGGAUUUAGAGCUUUAAGUACUAAAAUGACUUCAUCGCAUAUACUUCAGGCAAUAUUUCAGACAGGCAACUAAAAACAAUUAUAUGCUGUAACGUAAGCGGAUUAUGCCUUAUCAAAGAUGAAAAAAAGAAGCACUGAAUAUUAUUAGGAUAAAACUCCUCACUGGUCCAUAGACAGCGACGAGCACCCUGUAGGAAAUCUACCCCUGUAGUUGAAUGACAGUAGUUGGCUUUUCCUCAUGUUCCUGCCUGACUGCUGGUUGUAUAAAAAAAACAAAAAAACACGAGACUGUGAUCCAGCAGGCUUAUUCAUUGAGUACUAGUCACUGAGAUCAGCUUUGAUACACCAUAAUAGGCCUUGAAAAUCCACUUCAUAUCAAAGCUUGGAAUGAUAAAGGUCAUAGGUCACAGACAACAUGCAAGUAGUCCAAGUGCAUGCUAGAAAAGACGUCAGUUAGGCAAGUAGAAUAUAUCUAAAAUCCCCUUUAACUGCUAUGAGGAUAUGAAUAUAAACGCACCAUAUGCUGGACUGAUUUGAACUUCUAAUUAAGCCCUGCAGUAGAGAAUUAACGGAUUGGAUCAUUUUGGCUAAUUUGACUGUGUUGAAGGAGUUUUUGGUGAUUCGGGCCAUAGAACAUGAUGAAUAUUAUGAUUAUGAUAAACACAAGGACCGUCUUUAAUCACACACUGAGUAUUUCCUACAGCAACAUUUGUUGUCAACUGAUAUUUUAAAAUAUAAGUCACACCGAUAUUAUUAAUUAUGCUCUUUAUUUUGGACAAAGAAAAACGCUUGAACCAUUCUUGUGCAAUAUCAACUAUUAUGAUGACCUCUGACCCUGAGAAGCUGGAGAUAAAUCCUGCAAACUUUAACUGUUGUAAACUAACAGAGAGACCGAGAACUGAUCAUUAUUUAAAAAAGAAGCUAUUUUUGUACUAAGCAUUUGGACAUUGCGAUUCGGAUCGGGGUUUGGAGUUGACAUUUUGGGAGGACAGGAUAUCGUGCUGUUGCAUGGAUAUUAAUCUACAAUUAACGUUUUGCUUUUUAUAUUUUGACUCUCUGUAUAUUCAACACCAAGUACCAUGAAAUGAAAAGAGCAGUGGUCUGGACAAAUGGCGAAAAAAGAUAAAAUAAAUAAGGAAGAGCCAUUCUUAUUAAGGGCCUAUAACCUUCUGCACUUCUUCGGGACCCUUUUCAGUUUGUAUACUAGUGCAUGAAGGAACUGUCUUUAAACUAUAUCCUUUUCUUAUUAUGGUAUUUCCUCAUCAAUAUGAAGACAUAUCAAGCUGAACUGCACUCCUCACUGCAUAUCCGCAUAUACACUGGGGCUGUGGUGAACCAGACAGUGGCCUCAAAGUUUCCCUACAAAGGGCAAGAAUUAGCUGGACCUUUUCAUCAUCAUCAUCCUCAUCACUGGCAUUACCCUCCCUCGUCAUAAUCAUUUUCUGAUUACUGUUAUUCCUAUAAUUUGAAUGCAGUAGAAAAUCAGUUCAGUUUGUUUUCUCUUUGGUCCUCUUCUUUUCUUUCUCUGUUUUUUAUUUUUAUUUUUACCUGCUCUGUCUCUUGGAUGCUGACCUUCGUUCCAAUAUAAAGGAGGGAACAUUGAAUGGAUGCUGGAUUGACAGCGGUCAGUAAGAGAAGAAAAAGAAAAGAUGACAAAAUGAACUCUCUGAAAUGCAGAUAUAUGAGCCAUAUUAGUGACGAUCUGCUGCAUAUUUGAGUGCACAGAUGCAAUACACACCUCUGCUGAAGAUAUCUCUGCAAUGGCAGCUCACAAAGCUUCUUGUCUUUUUCUCCAUGUGAAACAACAGAAAACCUGGGGUACACAUGACAAAACUUUAUCAGAAAGCAAAGUAGCAUUAUUUAUUUAGAUGAUUUUAUUGUCUUGCAACUGAGAUAUUUCACAAACACAUUUAAUAUUUAAUAAUUUGUUCAUUUACUACAGUUCAUAUGUAAUCAUUCUUCUGAAUUAAGCAAUAUAUUUAUUUUACUAUUUAUUUAUUUGCAUUUAGGUUUUUUAUUUUCAUGUUUUUGCUAUUGCCACAUUACUUGUUACACUCCUCUUUCCCUCCUCUCUUCUUUCCUGUUUAAAGAAGUUCACUGCUAGAGUGAAGAAAGCCAUGGAGGAUGUUGAUUACAUGGAGCAUCUGCAUGGCAGCAGCAAACUAAUGUGUGGCACUGUGCUUUAAUGAAUAAAACGCCAAUCAUCAUUUGUCUGCAUGCAUGUGCGCUGCACUGCUUUAUGUACAUGCUUCAUAUAUACACUGAAGACCUCAGGACAUUGAGCAGGGACCAUCUGGUAGAUUUAUGCUACGCCACAUGUGUGUUCAGUGUUUUAGGGAGAUUCUCAGAUCAUUGUUAUGAACGAUAAUUCAUCAGGCUUUUUUUUUUUUUCGUUUGAACCAGCAGGUUAUUUAGCCAUUCAAAGACAAAAUGCAGUAACUACACCACACAGUUUGUAGUGAAUCUGAGCAUAGUUGAGUCAAACCCAUCCAACACACAAGUUAUAUAUAGUUAUUAUAGUUUAAAAGAGCUGAUUUUGCUCAUAACUUAAUUUAGAAAAUAUGCAUUCACUGUGUUUUGUCUUUGCACGGCGGAAUUGUUUGAGGCAAAUGAUCUAUCAUAGAUUUUUAAUUGUUUUAAAAGGUGGCUAUUAAAAAUGUAUGUUACAAGGUACCUUGUAAAACAAACAAGUGCAAGUGUGCAUUAUUUAUAAUCUUAAAUUCAGACAAAUGACCUGUUAUAUUUAGAAGGAGAGAAAGAGGAAGACUAAAAUGCCUGUGUGAUUCAGGUCCAGCCAAAACACUGUUUUAUUUCUCACCUUGUGUCUCCUCCAUGUCCUUCUUCUCCUCUUCAUCUCUCUUUUUUUCCUUUCUGUGUUUUUAAUGCUCUUUAUAAGGGUGUAUAGUUCAGGUCUUAAUGAUAUGUGCAGUUUUGAAUGAUGACUUUGUAAUUUCCACAUGCAUGGAUUUCUAUUGCGAGCAAUAAGGAAAUUAUAAGUCUAUGUGUUUUGAUAAGAAAAUGUAUUUUAACAUAAAGGUUUAUGAACAUGUUUGUUGAUACGAGUGUGUACAUAUGGAUGUGUAUAUUCAUAUGCACAUGCAUAUUAAUGAUUUGCAUGAAACAAAUGUACAAACUUUUUUCCAUUGAUGUUUUGUUACCAAUCUGUCAUUUUUGACUUGAUUGCUGUGGGGGCGGGGCUUAGUUUUGCAUGCUAAGAUGCUAUUUGGUGGCAGAGACCAUUACAACUGUUGUACUGAAUGUGGGGUUUUGAAUGUGCUUUAACUAUGUACCUGUUUAAGUUUUCUUUUCCUUGUUAGACAUCAAAAGCAUUGCAGACUGUCAUUAUAUGAUUUAUUCUUUUUCAUCUUUUCACAGAGAACUAUUCUGAAAGCCCAGUGCUUAUCAGAUAUAUGCAAAACGAAGCAGUAACUGUGAACUAAGACUAGAACAGAAAAUCCACUUCUUCCUUCACAAAUACAUUCCCAAACACACACCUGAGCCCCCAAACCUGUAUCAGCUCCCGUACAAGUCCAUUUUAGUUUGUAUUCUCAUCUCAUGACAUCAUCAGUCUUGUUUAAUCCUCUUAGUUUUGCAUUAUUAAUGAGCAGAUUAGUUGGUCUCCUCCCCCUUGCUGUUGUGUUAACCUCAGCUCUAGCCCCCUCUGCUGGUUUUACGGGGGAUGAACUAACGUAGCAUUCGCUGUCGUAGAUCAUUAGCACUCUUUGGUCACUUUAGAGGCUAAGAAUACAGAUUUUAGCCCUUAAUGUUUACCUGUUAUAUUUAAGAUUAAAGGAAAGAUUCUUUAGGCAUUUAUUUGAACAGACUCCGAAGGAUUGAUUUCCUGUUCUCUCUUGUGUGUCACUAAACACUGAUCAGAGCAGAGAGAAAGAAGCUAAUGCUAAGAAGUCUGCUCACUGCAGCAAUGCAUGUUUCCACACAUUCAAGAUAGCUAGCACUUAGCAUCCUAGUGCAUUUUGUGGUUUUGCUGUGUGUAGUCUUAUCUGCAAAGGCGUAAUCAGAGUGGAUGGGAUGACUCCACUUUUAUCCCUUUAUCUCAGUUCUGAAGUUAUGAUGCGAAAGUGACAGGCCUGCCACUAGUUAGCUUAGUUAGCGAAUGCCCUGGUAAGCAGAGGCUGCAUGCAAUCACGGAGGACAAUGUAAAUAAUUCUCCUGUACACUGACUGCAUGUGGAGUUAACAGCACAGAAGCUAUCGUUUGAUUCAAAUGAGGCAUUCAAAAUGGGGAGAGCAGGUCGAGUUCAAAAAAUGAUUUAGCAACAUUAUCCAGAAUCCUCUCUGUUUCUGACUUACGCUUCCCUGUCACUACUCAGGUAAAUCUCUUUUUGUCCGUCUAUACCAGUGCUUCCAAAAUGAUGUCAUUCGAAACAAAGAGAGAGGCAGAUGGGAACACCCCAUGUAUGCAUGCAUCUGUGUAAACACAUUGAUCCCAACACUCGUUCCACGUCUUCCUUUUCCACAAUGUCCUUCACAUCCUUCAUUUCAUCAUUUCAUUUGUCACUUUCAUUAAUUCCCAACUCUUACUGCUUCCAAAUAACAACCAAAAAGCCCGGAUGACAUUAUGAGAAACAGGGAAAAUAAUGAGUGAUUUGUUUAAAAAAAAGAAAAGAAGAAGAACUUUUCAAACACGGUCUGUCAUAAAUGGAUUACACACACAAAAAUCCUGUAUGUGGAAUCCGGAUGCAACCAAAUUCAGGAGAUGAAAGCAUGAGGGUCAGAUGGACAGAUUGUGUGUUUGGGGAACAGAGUUUUGGGAGGAUUGUCAACAAAUGAAGAAAGGCGUCGUGAAAUGGAGGACAGUUUGGGGAAGAAAGAAAAAAAGCAAAGAGAGGAGGAAGGGAGCUGAACGCUUCUCAGUGUAAGAAUUGCUGAGCUUCUGAACUGCCCCUUUUCUAAAGCUCCCCAACCACGAAAACCUGUCCGGAGGCAACACCCAGAGUCACCACAGGAUUAGAGAUGGUGAAAGAGAGAAAACGAGAGAUGAAAGGAGUGCUUCGCUAAACCAACUGGAAGAAAACAUUGUAACACUCAUCUCUCCAUUGCUAAUUUUAACCCCCAACAUAGGUGCAGUAAACUGACAAUAUCACGUCCUGGGAGGAUGUGGAACACAUUCUUCCUACAGGGGUCGCUGGCCUUGGAAAACGGGUAGGAUUCAGCAUACAAACUGUAGUAUGUCCUGCCCUCAGCCCUUCCUGAUGGAAAUGGAUGCAAUUUUAAAGUGAUGGGAACUAUUUUUGUUGGGCGUUCCACCAUGAUAAAUGCACCUGAAAGUGGACAAAAACCCUCAAUCCAGUCUCAGAUACACGUAAUGUGUGGGGAAAAAACAAUCAUGAUGUUCUUCGAUGUUAUAUUCAAACACACGUUGACAGUCAAGCUCAUGAAAUGCUUCAAUCAAACGGUUCAUCAGCCAAACCUUUUCCACUUCUUUACCUUUUGGAGAUCUUGCACGUGCUUUGAAGGAAAAUAGACAGUGGCGUCAUUGGCCUGCCAUGUUCCUAUAUUGUACUGUUUCCCCAUUCAUCCAGUUGGAAAUCUUGUUCAGAGUGUCCUUCUCAGGGCUCACAGAAAGGUGACUUUGUCAGCUAUGAAGAAAAGAGCGUUAGCCUCUCUCUUUUCUCUCUCUCUUAGUUUAGUUCUCUGCAUCUCAGCAUUUCUGUUCCACUGUAGAUGAACUGCAUGGCAUGAAUGGAAAAAACAAAACAAAACAGAGAGAAAGAUGGUAGAGAUUAUGCUGAGAGGAACAAGAGGAAACCAUGGACAGGACCGCUCUGUUUGCACAGUAUAAUAUGGGUGACUCUGGAUCAGUGGAUGGGGCCACUUUUUCACCUUCAUGUGGGGAACAGAAAAUACAACACAAGUGCAUGAUACCUGUUGAAGGACAGAGGGGUUUUUAAGUGGACUGGGUGAACUUUAAACAAAAGCUGAAAAAAAGAGAAAACUAAAAAUGCAUUUUUCUCACUUUGUUUACCAGCAUGACUAAAUUGCAUGACUUCUGCAAGCCCUGAAUCCCAAAUUAGAGGGCUUGAAAUCACUAAACACCAAAAUCAAAUGGAAACAAUAAAAGUUUAUGCUAAAUGCUACUAAAUUUAGAAAAAAAAAGAAUAUAUAUAUAUAAAAAAGAGGCUCUAUAUUUUGUUUUUGAAUUAAAAAAAAAUAAUAAUGCAAAAAUAUAUAGGAUUGCAAGAUUCACACAGUUUUGUUGGAAAAAAGAUUAACAAACCCCACUGAGUCUAGCUGAAUGAUGAGACGAACUCCUUCAACUACCACUGCUCCCUCAAUGGCUUCAAGUGACAUUUCUUCCCUUCUCUAUGUCUGCCGUUUCACCCUUUACUGGAACUUUCCUGGCACUCUGCGCUGCCCUUCACUAUCUCCCUCAGUCAUGGCAGCCUCCAGCAGUGGCACGACAGCUCCUCUGAAGAUCUCCGACACCUAUAGGGCUCUGUUCUUUUGACAGUUAUGGGUCUAAAGAGUAAGUGGGAUUUUAAGUUGAGUCCUGAUGGAAAGUUCUGGGUUGAUUUGCGAUGUUAGUUCUUUUCAUUUCAUCCACAUUCUGUGGGUAAAUCAAGGCUUUAUCCAUCGAAAGUGAGCCUGCAUCCAGUCUAAUGAAUAUUAGCAUUGUGUGAACUGCUGUGUCUUGAGACCCUGAGUACUUACAUCGCAAAGCACGGUUUUUCAAGCAGGAAGCCAUAAUUUGAGAGUAGCGCCUCCAUAUGAGUUAAAGGUGCUCAGGAGACCAUGCUGAUUCAUGGUUUUGUAGUUGUGUCGAGUUUGUUUCAAAUGUUGACAUUAGUGUUCAUUUUAUUCUGUAGUUUAUUUUCUGGUGGUACAGAGCAUUGCAAGGCUUUGACAAGAUUCUGUUUCAGUUAUUUAAUAUUCUUAAGAUUUGCAUAUGCUGAGCACCCACUAAAACCAGCCAUGCCAUACCAAAACGGACUUCCUUAUGAACUUAGCAGCAGAUUUCUGAUAUUAGCAUCAGUAUUAGCAUUAUCCUGUGUGAGAGGAGACCAUGAUUCUGCCAAUGUCGCUUUAAAAUCAUCGCUUACACAUGUGAGUAACUGUUUGACUGUUUGUUUAAAGCAUUUGGUGUCUUCUUCAACAAGAUACGAGGUUACUUUUCAAAAGUUGGUUAGUCUGGUUAGGUGUUUUAAGGUAUGUUUACAUUGAUUUAAAAUGUCAUUUGCUGUCUUAAAACACCAUGACUCAUCGUUAAGAAUCAGAUGUAAGCUUAGUUUAGUAACUACCUAUGCAACACCUAAUCAAGACCUUAGCAGCUCACACACACUCACAUACACACGCCAUGUGCUCAGGCCAGCAGGCUGGUGUCUGUUUACCGGUGCUGUGUGUCCAGGGAGGAAAACGACACAGAUGCAGCUCCAUCACCACAAGAGCCAGCAUUAUCUGCUGAGCGUGUAGUUUUAAUUCAAACGUUAGCAGCUGGUCCAAGUAGCUUGAAGGUGCGACAGAUUUGUGCAGCUGUAGUAGCCAUGCCCAGACACUCACGCACUUUCCGAAUUAACAUUUACGUUUAUAUGUAAGCAUAUACUCAUCUCAGAGGGUCUGUAGGACAUCUAUGUUACAAGAACUUGUUUUAUACGUGGUACUCAGUUCCAAAUUGCAAUGCAUUUGCUGACUGGUUAAGAUGACGUGUACCUCUCUGGUCGUUCAUAAAGUCUGAUUGGAUGGGAUUUGGAGCAAUAAUGACGGAGGGCCACCUUUUUCUCAUUAGGAAUUGGGGACAUGUUCAUCUAAUCCCUAAUUAGAAAUCCAGUGUGCCUGAAACUGUUCCCUGAAUGUGUACACAAACCGGCCACAUCAAUUGAAGAUGCUCUCUCUGCGAAUGCUUCCCGUGAGAGCUUGUCUUAGCGUGAAUGAGACCGCAACCCCUCCAGAUGGCUGACAGCUCAACAUACCUUUACUUGAAACCCAAAUACAAAACAUAUCAGAGAGGAGCAGAACAAAGCCAGAAUAAGACUUCACGCUUUCUCAACUUCCUGUUUGCAUCCCCUCCCCUCUCUCAUCUGUUCCCUCUCCUUCUAUAUUUUUGAGGAAGAAACUUUUUUGCAUCCCUUGUUCUUGUGUUUUUCUAUCAUAUUGUUUGAAGUUGAAUUAUAAUGCAUGCAUGGAAUACAAUGAGGACAUAACUUGUGAAUAAUUUGUGAAUGGCCAGAAUGAGGUGACCAUCUCUUUCACCUGGGCUCUCUACUCUGCGACCUCUUUCUGAGACAAUUAGAGAGAACGAAAGAGCAUAUUGUUUCUGGUUUCUCUCACUUCCCUUUCUCUUACAAAUGUAGCCAUGCCAAAUAUGUUAUGGCUAUACGCUAGCCAUUCUGAAAGACUCUAUGUUUAAAUUACAUAUUUAUAUAUUGUUUUAAAGAUGUUAUUUAUCUGUAUAUAUUUGUAGUAAAUAUUCAUUAGAGCUUCCACAGACUCAGAGCUAAACAGAUGCAGCAGAUGUCGACAAAACAGCCUGCAGGAACUCCGUUUACACCGCAUGUGUCUGUGCAUUUAUAAUAGUAUAGUUUGACCCAAUAUGCACUACCUGUACUUUUCUACUUUAGUUAUUUUAUGUAGCUUGUUUGAAGGGGGAAUUCAUUGCACUAUCACAGCUAAUGGAGCUGCUGUGUCUACUGCUGAGCGCAAGCCUAACCAUACACCCCCCAAGUUAAGAAACAGGGACAGAGAGAAAGAGAGAGAGAGAGAGAAAGUUAGAAAGAGAGGCCAGUGAGAAAGAGAAGGUUCCUAAAAGAAAUGGAUGAGUUCUAUGCUACUAAGAUUGAUGCUGGAUACAAUUUUAUUGUCAUACAAAAAAGGGAAAAAAAAUAUCAAGAACUGUAUAAAAUAUAUUUCAAUGGAAUGUUUAUUAUUUACCUUUUAUAUUUUUGAAAUGUAUAAAGAAAAAAAUGAAUAAACUGUAAUAAUUUACCAGAGUUGUGAAAACGGAGACUUAAAAAUCAUUAUAUUAUUAAAAGUAUGGAAGUUUGAACGUGAAUGCUAACCUACCUGAUCAAAUCUUCUCCAUUACAGAUAAGAAAAAAAUAAAUAAAAACAAUUAGAAAAAUGAAAUCCAAUUUAAAAAGAAAAAGUUAUCAAAAAGUCAAUAAAAAUGUUAAAAGCUCAUGCCAAAAUUUUCAA